AUGUAUGAACGGCACAAGAGGCGCUACAGCCUGUGUGACAUCUCCAAGAUGGACAGGACUAUGGAUGUGGUGUUAUUGAAGAUAAACCAAGAAAGCUGGUGUACAGUAGAACCAUGCCCUGAUGCAGCAUCUCUUCUGGCUCCUAAGCAGAACCCAGAAUGUGACAAUUUCCUCGGUGUUGGACUGGGCCGAGAGCAUGCCUCAUCCCAAAGUGGGCUUAAAAGAGAAUCUGGGAGUGAUUCUGAUCUCUUUCACUCACCCAGUGAUGAAAUGGACAGCAUCAUCUUCUCAAAGCCUGAGGAGGAGCAGCUGGUCUGUGAUAUCAUUGGAUCCAGUUCUUCCACCGAUGACACAGCUUCCUUAGAUCGGCAUUCUUCUCAUGGCAGUGAUGUGUCCCUCUCCCAGAUUUCAAACUUGAACAAGUCCAAAGAUCCACAAAGCCUUGAUGGCUUCUGUAGCCAUGAGAUGAGAACUGUAAGGCAGGAGAGUGAGAGUGAGCCUACUGGCUCAGUUGAAAUGGAAGAAGAAGAGAUGGACAGCAUCACUGAGGUGCCUACAAGCUGCUCUGUUCUGAGGGGCUCUAUGCGCUCUCUCUCCCCUUUCAGGAGGCACAGCUGGGGUCCUGGGAAGAAUGCAGCCAGUGAUGCAGAAAUGAACCACCGGAGUUUCAGUCUAGAAGGCUUGACAGGAGGGUCUGGUAUCAGAAACAAGCCAUCCUCAUCUCUAGAAGCAAACCCUGCAAACACCAAAGAGCUCAAACAUCCCUUCAGUGGUGAGGAACGGGGUGACUCUUUGAUGUCACUUUCUGAGGAGGAUCUGGAGUCAGGCCAGAGAGAACAGAGGAUGUUUGACCAGCAGAUAAGUCACAGAUCUAAACCACAGGGAUUUAAUUACUGCACAUCAGCCAUUUCUUCUCCAUUGACAAAAUCCAUCUCAUUAAUGACAAUCAACCAUCCUACAUUGGACAAUUCAAGAUCAUAUACACGGCUCUUCCAUAACACCAGUGCUAAUCUAACCGAAAGUAUAACAGAAGAAAACUGCCAUUUCCUGCCACCAAGUCCUUCUAAGAAAGAUUUUGAAUUAAAGGGUGGAACAAAAGUCAGUCGUACAUUCAGCUACAUCAGGAAUAAAAUGUCCAGCAGUAAGAAGAGCAAAGAAAAGGAAAAAGAGAAAGAGAAAGUUAAGGAGAAGGAGAAAGAUUCUAAAGAGAAGGAGAAGGACAAGAAGACUGUCAAUGGACACACCUUCAGUUCCAUUCCUAUUGUGGGUCCCAUCAACUGUAGCCAGUGUAUGAAGCCGUUUACCACCAAAGAUGCCUAUACUUGUGCAAAUUGCAGUGCUUUUGUCCACAAAGGUUGUAGAGAAAGUCUCGCCUCCUGUGCAAAGGUCAAAAUGAAGCCGAAAGGGAGCCUUCAGGCACAUGACACAUCAUCUCUACCCACGGUCAUUAUGAGAAACAAGUCUUCACAGCCUAAGGAACGCCCUCGGUCAGCAGUCCUCUUGGCUGAUGAAACCACUGUUGCCCCAAUAUUUGCCAACAGACGGUCCCAGCAGAAUGUCUUGCUUUCCAAAAGUGUCUCCAUACAGAACAUUGCUGGAGUUGGCAAUGAUGAGAGCAUGUCAAACACCUGGAAAUUCUUGUCGCAUUCAACAGACUCACUAAAUAAAAUCAGCAAGGUCAACGAGUCAACAGAGUCACUGACUGAUGAGGGAGUAGGUACAGACAUGAAUGAAGGACAGCUACUGGGAGACUUUGAGAUUGAGUCCAAACAGCUAGAAGCAGAGUCCUGGAGUCGAAUAGUGGACAGCAAGUUCCUGAAACAGCAAAAGAAAGAUGUGAUCAAACGGCAAGAAGUGAUUUAUGAGUUGAUGCAAACAGAGUUACAUCAUAUUCGCACGCUCAAGAUCAUGAGUGACGUGUACAGCCGGGGGAUGAUGGCAGAUCUGCUCUUUGAGCAGCAGAUGGUGGAAAAGCUGUUCCCUUGUUUGGAUGAGCUGAUCAGUAUCCACAGCCAGUUCUUCCAGAAAAUCCUGGAGCGGAAGAAGGAGUCUCUUGUGGAUAAAAGUGAAAAGAACUUCCUCAUCAGGAGAAUGGGUGAUGUGCUUGUAAACCAGUUUUCGGGUGAGAAUGCAGAACGCCUAAAGAAGACAUACGGCAAGUUUUGUGGGCAGCACAACCAGUCUGUAAACUACUUCAAAGACCUUUAUACCAAGGAUAAGCGUUUCCAGGCCUUUGUAAAGAAGAAGAUGAGCAGCUCAGUAGUAAGAAGGCUUGGAAUCCCAGAGUGCAUAUUGCUUGUGACCCAGCGCAUCACUAAGUACCCAGUUUUAUUCCAAAGAAUAUUGCAGUGUACCAAAGAUAAUGAAGUGGAACAGGAAAAUUUAGCUCAGUCCUUGAGCUUGGUGAAGGAUGUGAUUGGAGCUGUAGACAGGAAAGUGGCAAGUUAUGAAAAGAAAGUGCGUCUCAAUGGAAUUUAUAUGAAGACAGACAGCAAGUCGAUAAUGAGGAUGAAGAGUGGUCAGAUGUUUGCCAAGGAGGAUUUAAAAAGGAAGAAGCUUGUGCGGGAUGGAAGUGUAUUUCUGAAGAACACAGCAGGAAGGUUGAAAGAAGUUCAGGCAGUUCUGCUCACUGACAUUUUAGUUUUCCUUCAAGAAAAAGACCAGAAAUAUGUCUUUGCGUCAUUGGACCAGAAAUCAACAGUGAUCUCUUUAAAGAAGCUUAUUGUAAGAGAAGUGGCACAUGAGGAGAAAGGCUUGUUCUUGAUCAGUAUGGGGAUGAAAGAUCCCGAGAUGGUAGAAGUCCAUGCCAGCUCCAAGGAGGAACGGAACAGCUGGAUUCAAAUCAUCCAGGAUACAAUAAACACCCUGAACAGAGAUGAAGAUGAAGGAAUCCCUAGUGAGAAUGAGGAAGAAAAGAAACUGUUGGACACCAAAGCCCGGGAGUUAAAAGAGCAACUUCAACAAAAAGACCAACAGAUCCUACAGUUACUGGAAGAGAAGGAGACGAUUUUCCGAGACAUGACAGAGUGCAGCACUCCGUUGCCAGAGGAGUGCUCCCCAACUCACAGCUCUAGAAUCCUCUUCCGGUCCAACACAGAAGAGGCUGUCAAGGGAGGACCUUUGAUGAAAAGUGCGAUAAAUGAGGUGGAGAUCCUUCAGAGUUUGGUGAGUGGGAGCCUUGGGAGCACACUGGGGCCAGCCGUCAACACCCCUGUUGAACAAGAAGGCAUGGUUGGCCCUGUUUCCUUGCCCCGGAGGGCAGAGACCUUUGGAGGAUUUGACAGCCAUCAGAUGAAUGCUUCAAAAGGAGGUGAGAAGGAAGAGGGAGAUGAUGGCCAAGAUCUUAGGAGAACAGAAUCAGACAGUGGUCUGAAGAAGGGUGGUAAUGCUAACCUGGGCUUUAUGCUUAAAAGAAACAGUGAGGUCAUCCAGAGUAUCAUUCAUCUCCAUGAACUUCUUAGCACUUUGCAGGGUGUGGUGUUACAGCAAGACAGCUACAUUGAGGACCAGAAGCUGAUGCUGAAUGAACGGGCACUCACACGAAGCUCCUCCCGCCCCAGCUCUCUUAUUGAGCAGGAGAAGCAGCGCAGCCUGGAAAAGCAGCGGCAGGACCUGGCCAAUCUGCAAAAGCAGCAGGCCCAACACCUGGAGGAGAAGCGUAGACGGGAGCGGGAGUGGGAAGCCCGUGAGAGGGAACUGCUGGAACGUGAGGCUCGGCUGGCCCAGUGGGAGGAGAAGGUACAGCGUGGGCAGCAGGACUUAGAAAAGGAGCGAGAGGAGCUUCAGCAGAAAAAGGGCACAUAUCAGUGUGACCUGGAGAGGUUACGUGCUGCCCAGAAACAGCUCGAGAGAGAGCAGGAGCAACUGAAAAGAGACACAGAGCGACUCAGCCAAAGGCAAAUAGAACGGGAUGUCUGUCAGGUCUUGCAUCAACAUACCAAUACCAAGGUGAUGAGAAUCCCAUCCUUCUUUCCCAGUCCUGAGGAGAACCCCUUGUCUUCUGCACCUUCAAUAGCCAAAUCAGGCUCACUGGACUCAGAACUGUCAGUGUCCCCAAAAAGGAAUAGCAUCUCUCGGACACACAAAGAUAAAGGACCUUUUCACAUACUGAGUUCAGCCAGUCAGACAAGCAAAGUGCCCGAGGGGCAGAGCCAGACCCCAGCUUCCGCCUCCACCUCUGCCCGUCUGUUCGGGUUAGCUAAGCCAAAGGAAAAGAAGGAGAAGAAGAAGAAGAGCAAAGGGAGCCGCUCACAGCCCGGUGAUGGCCCUGCCUCUGAAGUACCAGCUGAGGGUGAAGAGAUCUUCUGCUGA